CUUCACCAACAUGUCGGCAUAGGAGUUUUCAUCAAAACUUUACACUCAAUAUUUAAUACAUUUAGACGUCUAGCAGUUAGCAGUCAGAGGAAUAUGGUGUGUGAGAGUGGCAUAGACGUAUUUAAGCCCUUUCACAAUGGUUUAUGGCGUAAGUUUAUAGUUUUAAUGGUAUUUAUCAGCAUAAACUUCCCGGUGUGUGACAGUGAAGGAAUCAAGUCAGAGAGAUGUCUCAUCUGGGGUCCAGGGCUGAACCCCGACUCUGUUUUACCAGUCCGCUACUUCUUUAUUCAGGCGGUCAAUUCAAACGGACACAACCUGACCUUAUCUCCAGGUAAAGACACAUUUAAAGUGAGGAUAAGUCCAUUGGACAAGAAGGAGCACAUCCGUAUCCAUGUCCCUCCACCCCUGGACAGAGGAGACGGCUCCUUCCUGGUGAGAUACCGGCUCUACGGCUCUGUGCUGAGGGGCCUGAAGGUUGAGGUCCUCCACCAAGAUGCUGCUGUUGCCAAGUCACCCUACAUCAUCCAAGGUCCAGUCUAUCAUGAAUACUGCGACUGUCCAGAAUCCGAUGCUUCCGUUUGGCAGAGCAUCAUGCAGUGUCCUGCUGAGGAGCCUCAGAUUCUGGCUGACUUUAAAGCUUUUCCAGCAGUCAACCUGCAGUAUCUCAGACAAGAAGUGCCUAAGAGAUUCGCCAACAGAGGCGGCCUCAUUCACUACGCCAUCAUCAACAACCAGUUGUAUCGCAGCACCCUUGGAAAAUACACCGACUUCAAGAUGUUCUCUGAUGAAAUUCUGCUCUCUCUAACAAGAAAGGUGAGGGUGCCUGAUGUGGAGUUUUACAUCAAUGUUGGCGACUGGCCAUUGGAGACCAGGAGGGCGGAUGCUGUUCCAAUCUUGUCAUGGUGUGGCUCUACAGACACACGGGACAUUGUCCUCCCCACUUACGAGGUCACACACUCCACCCUGGAGACCAUGAGAGGUGUCACCAAUGACCUGCUGUCUGUCCAGGGACACACAGGGCCUCCGUGGGCGAACAAAACGGAUCGGGCAUUUUUCCGUGGCCGGGACAGUCGAGAGGAGCGUCUUCACCUGGUCUCUCUGUCCAAGAAAAACCCAGAGCUGCUGGACGCAGGCAUCACAGGAUGGUUCUUCUUCAGAGACAGAGAGAAACAUGUGGGCAAAGCACCGCUUGUUGGAUUCUUUGACUUCUUCAAGUAUAAGUACCAGGUGAACGUGGAUGGAACAGUGGCAGCAUAUCGGUUUCCGUACUUGAUGCUUGGCAACAGUCUUGUUCUGAAGCAGGACUCACAGUAUUAUGAAUUUUUCUACAUUCACCUUAAAGCCGGCAUCCAUUACAUCCCUGUGAAGAGAAACCUGUCGGACCUUUUGGAGAAAAUCAAAUGGGCCAAAGAGAACGACGCUGAAGCGCAAGAGAUGGCCAGGGUAGGUCAGACAGCAGCAAGAGAGCUGCUGCAGCCCAGCAGACUGUAUUGUUACUACUACAGAGUGCUGCACAUGUACUCAGAGCGGCAGACAGGACAGCCAACACGACACGCAAACAUGGAGUUUGUGCCUCAGCCAGAUGACAACACCGCUGAAUGCACAUGUAAGCGUAAAAUCCACAAAGAAGGAGCCAGUAUGAAGGAUGAGCUAUGAUGGAAUCAGUCUCUAGUCUUCGUCUUUUUUUUCUCUAAACAUUCCUAACAUAUAAAUAUUGAAUGUAAGUGGAUACUCAAAGUGGUACUCAAAAGAAAGUUAAACAUAAUUAGAAGUUUUGCCUUAAUUUUGAUAGCAAAAAAGUUUUAGGAAUGAUUGACAAUAAAAAUUCAGUCCUCUGCCAUUUCAAGGUGAGGUUGCAGAACAUUGCCCUCGAACUUGUAAUGCCACUCUUUCACUGAAAACACAACAAGCAACAGCGAAGUGCGGCCUGCGGCAAGCUGCCACGCAUUGUCCAUGAAAAGCUGCGGCAGCCAUUUCAAGCUGCAGCCGUUUGAUUCCGUGGUGAAGUGUGGCUAAACUAAAAGCUGGGGAUAGUUUAACUUUUAGCACUGACUUGCAGCCAGAGAAUACCCUCAACUAAUCAGUGAACAGAAUCCUGUGACUGCUGUGACAUGUUGGCCCAUGUUACAAAGAAUAUCUUCCCAUGUGAAACACACGAACACGCCUCCCAGCUGCAGGAAAAUGUAUUUUUUUCUUAGAGCCGCACUUCGCCCCUGCUUGGUGUUUUUUGGUCUGUUACUUUUUAAUACUGUGUGAUUUUUUUUGUUUUUUGUACCUUUUGUAAAGCCCUGGUUAGUGAUGUUUUGUAAGUGUGCCUUUGCAUUGGAUAUUUGUAUGCAGUAUUGUCUUAAAACAAAUACAUCCAAAAUAAAUGGUAUUUUUGACA